AUGGUGGUUCCAGACUCUUUCACUCCGGAAGAUUAUGAUCACCAAUUUUUUUAUCAAUUUGAUGGAGAAAAUUAUUCCGUUUCUUGCGUAUUAUAUUCACAAUCUUUAAUCGCAAGCAUACUAAAUAAAGAAAUGUUCGGAAUAGACAUUGAUGUUAAUAAUGUGAAUAAUUCAAGACGCAACAGGUUAUCAUUAUCCUUACAUCAAAAGCUACGACUUGAAAAUAACUUGAAGCAAGUUCUUCCUUCUCAUCUUUCAAAAAAUCACAUUCCCGAAAAUGAAAUGAGAUCAAAUUCCGACGGAAAUAUGAAUGACGAUGUUCAUAAUUCUAAUAACUACCCACAUCAAAAUUUUUGUCAACAUUGCGCUUCCAAUAUAGAAACGAAUUCAUUUCAUGGGAAUAUUGAGAAUAAUAUAACAAUGGCACAAGUCAUUAAUCAAAAUGAUGAUGACGGUGGUUUGGCAAGAGACGAUCAUUUUAUUUAUCAAAGGCAUUCUCAUGUCGCUCAUUUUUAA